UUUGCAGUCGUGGUUGCUAUAGCAACCAGCGCGCCUUAUUUGUAAACAUUCAUGUUUGUGUCAAGACUCAAGAGUUUGUUCGUUUCCUCGUCUUCCAAGAGCUAGUGUUUUGGUCUUUUCACCAUGGCUCCAUGUACAACAAAUCGCAUAGUCCCAACUAGAUUUCUCACUUUGAUCUCACAUUUUACAAUCGCAGUUAUCGCACUGUGGGCAAAGGAUGAAAAUGUCCAAGCUAGUCUACCGGUAGAUCACACUGCUAGUGAUUUCAGUGUAAAGGCUAAUGAGAUGACUGUUGGUCUGAGUCUUGCUAUUGCCUUCAUUGGCCUGGAGCUGGUUGGAUUUCUCUCAGGAGUUUCGUUUUUUAUGCCAUUUAUCAGUCUAAUAUCUAUUGCAGCUCACUCCAGUGCAACUGUGCUGCUUGCACAUUUUUUAUUUGAUGUGUGGAACUGUGAAGUAUAUUGGUGGAUUUUUGCAUUCUGCAGUGCUCUGCCAGCAGUCCUAGAAGUUGGAGCUUUUAUGAAACUUUUGCAGCAGCUAUGAAUGAUUAUGUUGCUUCCAUCAACUGUGCUUCCUCACUCUUGGUUAUAUUAUAGAUUAACACAUUUAUUAAUGCCAUUGUUUACUUUAAUAUCACUUUAUAUAUACUGACAGCUUUGUAAAUAUAACUUUUGUUUUAAUUUAGAAUUUUCAAAUGAAUUAGGGCUUCAUCUCUGAUGUGUCACUUUUUGUUCCACU